AUGAUUGCCGGCGUGUUACUUUCCGCUUUCGUCCUCGGGGGCCUGGGCGGCACCGCGGCCGCGCAGGACAACUUUGAGCCUGCCGACUUUAAUGUCACGAGCGAGCUCUUGACCCUGGGGGUCGACGUCAAUGCGCUCCCUGAUCUCUCGGGGCUGGCUGAGCGUGAUGACGCCGCGCCUUGCGCCGCAGCUUGCAAGUCGCUCUCCGACCUCUACGGCAGCAGCGUCUUCGCCCAAAACACAACCGUAUACAGUGACUUCACGGGCGCGUACUGGUCGUCGAUCCAGUCGGCGCUCCACCCUCUCUGCAUCUUCAAGCCGUCCAAGGCCGCGGACAUUUCCGUGCUCGUGCUGCUCGCCCGCCUGACGCAGUGCCCAUUUGCGUUCAAGAGCGGCGGCCACGCUGCCUUUGCCGGCGCGUCCAGCAUCGAGGGCGGCAUCACCGUGUCCCUUGAGAACUUCAAGGACGUUACUGUGUCGCGGGACAAGAAGACGGUCAAGAUCCAGCCUGGCAACAGCUGGGUCGACGUCUACAAGGUGUUGGACCCGCAGGACAUUACUGUUACUGGUGGCCGCGUCGCACGCGUGGGCACUGGUGGCUUGACGCUGGGAGGUGGUAUUUCCUACUUCUCAAACAUCUACGGCUGGGCUUGCGACAAUGUUCUUUCGUACGAGGUCGUCACUGCGUCGGGACGCAUUGUCCACGCGACGCCUACCGCGUUCCCUAAGCUUUACUGGGCGCUCAGGGGCGGCGGCAACAACUUUGGCAUCGUGACUUCGUUUACGUUUGAGGCGAUUCCCCUACCCAAGGGACAGAUGUGGGGUGGCACCAGGACAUACCUCGAGUCCAACUUCAAGGGCGUUGUGGACGCCUUUGCCGGCGUGGUCUCCAACUCGCCGUCGGACCCCAACGCCGGCCUCUGGGUCGCGUGGAUCCUCAAGUACGGCCUGAAGAUGGCCGCGACGGAGCUGUGGUACGCGAAGCCCGACGGCGCCAACGCCACCAUCUUCAACGACUUCAAGGCCAUGACGCCCAUUGCCGACAGCACGCAGAACCGCAACGUCAGCGAGUACUCGGAGGCGCAGCAGAAGACGAACCCGUACGGCCUGCGCGAGGUCUACUGGGACAUAACGGUCAAGGCGGACGCGCGCAUCGCGCACAUCGCCCGCGACAUCUACUACGAGGAGCGGCCCGCGAUCGCUACCCUCGAGGGCGCCAGCCCCGUGCUCGUCUUCCAGGGCAUCACCGAGGGCCAGAUGAAGCACAUGAGCAAGAACGGCGGCAACGCCGUGGGGCUCGACUACCAGAACGGCCCGCUGUACCUCAUCCAGAUUGCCUGCUGGUGGAACAAGGAGGCCGACGACAAUGCCAUCUACGCCUUCACCCGCAAGGUCAUGGACCGCAUCACGGCCGAGGCGACGGCGCUGGGCGUCCAGAACGACUACAUCUACAUGAACUACGGGAGCAAGUUCCAGAACGUCAUUGCUGGCUACGGCGCGGACAAUGUCAACAAGCUCCGCGACAUUGCCAAGCAGUACGACCCCAAGGCCGUUUUCCAGACCCUGCAGCCCGGUCACUUUAAGCUUGACCGCGCUCCCGUCCCGAGCUAA